GUGUUUAGUUUCACUUCCGCACUCUUCUGCUACUUGGAGCCGGAAUAUUCACUUAUACACAGGCUAGUGUUAAUUAGCCUGGGCUGAAACAAAGAACGAUUACGUUUAAAAACCCCGUCUACGCGCACGUGUACUUUAUUUUACCAGCGUAGCGAAAAGUAUCCGCUACAAAGCUGAAAAAGUCAACCAGGAAGCGACGGUGCCCGGUGGGAGUUGCGAAGGCAGGAGCGCGGUGUGAUCCACAGUCUGACCGGCGGCGGCUCCGCACAAGAUGUUCGUCGCACCCAGUCGAGGGCCCUUCUUGCUGUGGACCCUGGCGAUUCAGCUGGUCCUGUGUGGCGUAUGCGCCGCUGACGGCACCGAUGAAUGUACAUUGUUGUAUAAAUCUACGAAGCAGCAGGACGACAUCAAACGACUGGACUCACUCCUACAUAAGAACUUCACAGUGGAUCACAAGAUUGAAGAGGAUAGUUACACAUACGUCUUUAAGCUGUGCUCAGAUGCAGGGGCAAUCCCAAAAGCCGGGUUAAUUCAAAUAAAUAAAAAGGAAAAGGACCAGAAACCAACUGUUAUUGGCAUGUAUAACGCUACACAGGUCAUAGGAGGAACUGACUGGGUGAUGUUGAUCUACCAAAAUGGGGAUGCGUAUGACGGCCACUGCAACCGGGAAAAGAGGAAAGCCAAUAUCAUGAUCACCUGCAACAGGAAGAUGGAGGCGGGUGAGCUGGCAGUCGUGCUGGAGGACAGGGAGAGGGCGAAGGACUGUUUGUAUCUCUUUGAGCUGGAAUCCAGUGGAGUGUGUCCUGUUAUUGAGUCCAAGCUGAGCACUGGCACCAUUUUACUCAUCAUAGGGAUUUGCCUCAUGGCUGUUUACCUCAUUGGAGGUUUCCUUUACCAACGGCUGAUUGUUGGAGCCAAAGGAAAGGACCAGUUCCCCAAUUACCCCUUCUGGGUGGACUUUGGCAACCUGACAGCAGAUGGAUGUGACUUUGUCUGUCGGUCACAGAGUCGGGAUGAGUCUCCAGCUUACAGGGCAGCACCCACACAACCUAUAGACGAGCAGCCAGAGGAGAGAGAUGACCACUUGCUACCUAUGUGACCUUAAUGUAUCAGAAAUGGAACAGACAUUUUUACUGUGAUAAAGUCUUUCAUGGGUUAGAUGAAACUGCUGCUAGACACUAGUCUGUUUUCUUUUCCUGGUUUAGGUCUGGACAUGUUCAGACUUUAUGCGGUCCCGGACUUGUGCCUAGGGCGACAACUUGUGAUGUUCUUGUCACUGGAAGGAGCAUGUUACUCAUAGGGCUCACAGGUCUCUCUUCUAUUACCUGCUCACACAUGCAUUUCAUGGUGGUUGUUUUAUGUAAACAUGAAGCAAUUUUAUGAUGAAUUAUAAAGUUAUAAAAAGACACUGUCCAUGAAAACCUGCUACAAGAGGGGAGGUGAAGCAGGAUUUCUAUGUAACUCAAUGUAAUGAUAUAUUGCUCACUUUUCCUGCAUAGCUAUUUGUUGUUUGAAGUGCAGGUUCCAGCAAGUUGUUCCAUCUGGGGUCCUGGAUAUGUUGUUGGUUACGAAACAUGCAACUGGUGGAUUUGGCCUUUAACUCAUUGUAGUUUUGUUUUGGAAGGUAGAAAUCUAUCGUAGUGUUGGGAAAGGUGUUACAGUUCUAAUUCUAAAUACUUAGUGUUGUUACACAAACGGUCAUCUCAGCAAAAAGGUUUGACAUUAUCCUUUUUGACACAUUGUAAGAAAAUGUUUUCUAUUAACCUAAAUGUAAACCUUACGGUCAACCAUUCCCUGAGCUAAAGCACCAAAUGCAACAAAAUUAAAAAGUAAUGAUAUGUUUGAUUUACAAGCUCUUAAUUCAGCUAAAGAGUCAUAACCAGUUUCUACAUGAAUUGUGGAAUUCAGAGACUGUUUUAUUUCCCCAACAUAAAACAAAUGAUCAAUCACUGCAAAAGACAAGUGUUUAUAAUCCCAAAGCGCAUAUGAAUAGUGAUCAGAGUCAAACUCCAGAUGCACUGUUUGGACGACCACCUUCAAUUUUGUAAACUCGCGUUUGACCAAAUAUUGAAGCUGCUUUAUUGCGAAUACUUUACUUUUUGUUAGUAUGAUACAUAGUGGAAAAGAAAACACUUUUGCAUUGACUGUAUUUCUGUUCUGAAGUUAUAGAAUGAUGAGAUAUUUGUACAAAUCUAACUAAUAAUUCUCCUAAAGCAGAGCUUUUGAACUUAUUGGAAAUUAUGAUGUUUUCAGUUUAAUUGUCAGCAUGAAUUCUUGUGUUUGCUUUGAUUUGUUUCUGUCACUUGCUUCUUUGACUGUUCUUUGCUUUGUUCAGUAAAUUAUUUCCUGGAUUUUGUUUUGCGGUUGUAGUCAAAUACGCAAUACAUCUGCUAAUUCAAAUAUGAUUUAGGUUACAAACCGCUUUGUUCUUCUGAUUCAGAAAUGUAGGGGUGAACUCACCAAAGUGCACUCACAUUAGGAGAUUCAAUGGGUAUAAAAAGUUUUAAUAAAACUAUUAUAUGCAUAAAG